UGUGUGUGUGUGUGUGUGUGAUGGUGGGGGAGGGCAGUUCAGCCAUGAAACAAACACCGUGCUGCUGCCGCUGCUGCUUCGUCCUAUGACUACAACGCUGACACAUUAAUCAGAAGGAUGGAUGCAGCUGAUGGCAUGGAUGAAGACGAACUUCUGGACUACAACGUCCAGAUGAGCAUUCAGGAGUCGUGUCAGAGACAACAUCUGACAGGAUCAGGGAGGAGUGAAGCUCUGAAGCUUGUGGAAGCCAUCAAACAAGGUGACAUGUUGGCACUGCAGAAGCUCUGUGAUUUCCCAGCAGCCUUCAGUCAGGUGGAUGAGUGUGGCUGGUAUCCUCUGCACAGGGCGGCGGUCCAACCUCUUGUCCUGGUCCUGGAGACGGUGCUGUACGCGUCUUUCAGUCUGACUCUGGAGGAAAAUACUUCGGAGGGCGAGACCUUCCUGACUUUAGCAGUGAAAGCUGGUUUGGUGGAAAAUGUGAAGAUGCUACUGGACCACGGAGCUUCUCCUCACACCACCAACAGCAAGAACGAAUCCCCUCUGCUUUUAGCAGUCAGAGCCGGAUCUUAUCAGAUGGUUUCCACUCUAAUAGCUGGAGGAGCUCGGGUGGAGCAGGUGUGUCUGAAGAAGUGGACGGCCAUGCACGAGGCCUCCAGGGCCGGCUGUGUUCAUGUCGUGGAGCUCCUGUUGCAGAACGGAGGUCAGGUUUCAGAGACAGACCAGCAUGGAGUGACUCCUCUGGGCAUCGCUGCGGAGUACAGCCACCCUGAAGUCCUGGAGCUCCUCAUCAAACACGGUGCUGAUGUAAACGCCCAGGCGCCAAAUGGCGACAGUGUCCUGUACGAUGCUGCAGGUUCGGGGAAUCCAGACUGCAUCGACAUCCUGCUGCAGCACGGAGCAAAUCCCAACAUCCACAACCUGAGCUCCCAGCUGCCCAUCCACCACGCUGCAUACGAAGGACACUACCUAGCUUUGAGGAUUUUGAUCCCAGUCACCACUAGACGGGCCCUGCGGCUGUCCGGCCACAGCCCUGUCCACUCUGCCGCUGACGGGGGCCACGUCCACUGCCUGGAGCUCCUGCUGCAGAAAGGUUUCGACGUCAACGCGCUGUUAGCCCCUCACAUCUCUGAAAAUUACGGAGACAUGAGGAGAAGCCCGCUGUACUUUGCCGUCUCCAACGGGGACGCGACCUGUACUGAGAUUCUGCUGAAGUCGGGGGCCAAACCUGACCUGGACCCGCUGUGCUGCCUCCUGGUGGCGGUCAGGUCAGGGCGCUACGAGAUCGUUAAGCUGCUGCUGGCGGCCAAAGCAGACGUGAACUGUUACUUCACGGUGGUGAGCGACACGGUGUUUCCCACAGCGCUGCAGUACUGCCUGAAGGACGAGGUGAUGCUGAGGCUGCUGCUCAACAAUGGCUACGAUGCUGAGAAGUGUUUCUGUUGUAACCAUGACGACGACUGGGACGACCUAAGUGAGUCUGGUUACUCACAACAUCAGGAGGAAAAAGUUGCUUUUUGUGAUUUUGUCAGCGUCUCCUGGCUGGUGAACCUGGUGGGCCGUGUCGUGUCGAUCCUCCUCGACUACGUCGGUCAGGUUUCUCUCUGCGGCAAACUGACAAAGAUCCUGGAGAAACACAGGGAGUGGCCUCACAUUCACAGGACCACGCGUAACCCUCGUUCUCUGUCUCACCUGAGCAGAGUGGUGAUCAGGAAACACCUGAGCUGCAGUGGUCUGAUGUCCGUCCAGCUGCCCAACAGGCUGAAGGACUACCUGCUGUUCAAAGAGAACGACCUGUACGCCAAAAUCAUCUGCAGGCAGAACUGAGGAGAGGAGGAUUUCUAUCUUAUCAACUGAGUCUUAAAUGUCAGUAAUGACUUUAUUUCCUUUUGUGGUGUAUGUAACGGGGCCUGUAUUUAUCAAACAUCUACAAAUUACCACAUGGCCACAUGUGUUAGAUGUGAAAAUAUUUCACUGGAUAAGUGAAAGUUUGACCUGCUGGUGGCGUUACAUGGAAAGUCUGGGAUCACCAAAGUCAUUAAAAUUCAUACUCUGGGUACCAUGAAUGUCUGAACCCAAUUUUAUGGCAAUCCAUCCAAUAGCUGGUGAGAGAUUUCAGUCUGGACAAAAUGUCUUGACUUUGUCUUUCCAGAGAGAAGUUGGGUUUUCCCCCAUGUAGCGGCCAUCAGAGGAACUGCAACUGAACGAACUUCAGCUCUGACUGUAACAUUCAGCCGUAGCGUUUUCCAAUUGCACUGAACAACAACACACACUGACAGUAAACACAGCGAGGAGGUGUGAGCUGCUUCCUCUGGCUGACAGACAGUGAAAGCAGAUCGACUCUAAAUUUAACCUCCUGACCUGCAGAAACAACAACAAAUACAACAUGGCUCCACAUUCUGGUAGGUCACCCGAGAACCUGAUAACAGGAAGAGGUCACUUGUUCUGAAUGACCUCCAAACUGUUGACACCUGCUGGAAGGCAGCUGUAACCAGCGGGUGUGUGUGUUAAUGUGCUACAGUAAAAUAAAGCAAAGCACAUUCAGAUUAAAGUGAGACAGUAAAACAAGGAGUAUAUAACAUAUCCCAGGAGUUUCUUGUGACAUAACACUCCAUCCAGCGGCCAUAUUGGAGGACCUCUGCUCUGUGAACAGCUGAUUGUGUUUCUGUAUGUUUAAGUUAAAGCAGCAUUAAUUGGAAUUCUUGGCCACUUGGGGGCAGCAGAACAAGCUGAAAACACCACAUCUGACAUAACGUAGUUGUGGCUAACAUAUUAGCAACACACUAACAUCCAGCAAACACAGAGCUACAUGAUCAUCCCGUUGGAGUCGUAUUUGUAUUUACCUGGUGGAUUUGUCUGUCUGCAGUUUGGUGCUGGGCAGGUGUACGGUGGGUUUCAGAGCGUGUUUGCUGAAAACAGCUGCCUGCUGCUGGAAACACUGAGACUGAACCGGAAAGUAAAUGUGCUGUAAAACCAAAACCAGGAGCUAAAAGAGGCUAAAAAACUCCUGAGAGCUGCAAAAUUGGUGACAUUUCUCUGUGCGUUCAUCAUUACGAACACCUUUCACAUUACACAUCGUCCUUUGAUCCAUGGCUAAAAUAACAAUAUUGAUUAGUGUAGCUUUAAAUCCUCUUUUUAAUGGCAAGUGAUCAUUUCCUCACUGAUCCAUGGAACUGGUUUUGUCUUCAGUUUCAGCUUGUUACAAAAGAAACCAGAGAAAUUGUUUAGAUAACAAUAUCUGUCUGGUUGCUAACACAUCUGCGACAUUUUCCAGCUGUUUUGUAGCAGUUCUGAAGCCUCCAAGUGUCUCAGAGGGAAAAAAACAAACAUAAAAAGAUUGUCAAAAAGAAUCACGGAGAAGUGUAAUAAAUGAAUAAAGUUAGCUAAACACCGACUGUGAUAGAUUAUCUCUCUGCAUGUUGAUUUUUGUAAAAAUUAACUGAAACCAACGGCUGCCUGAAAGGAAGGAAAUGAAUCUAAAAACUGAUGAAUAUAAAAUUUUGUAUUAAUGGGUUAAACAUGCAGAAACCCGCAGUUUGGUCCGUUUGGUCCGUUUCCAUUCUCAGUCUGGACUGCACAGCUGGAUGACUGAUGCUAAUCAGCAAUAAUCCAGGUCAAAGGUCAAAUUUACAGCAGAAAUUGACAGUGUUGUUAUGUCACCCAGAGUCUUUUCACUUCAGACAUGCAACAUGAUACGACUGCCAAGCAGCUUGUUAAACAUGCUCAGUGAUGAUGUUGUUCCUGAGCUCUGAUGGUCGUCUUGGCAACCAAACAACAAACCACCCUCCCCUCAAAGAAACUUUAAUACUGAGGGUCAGUCCUACACAUUCAUACCAAUGUUACUCAUGCGACAAGUACAGGGGUAGACACAAUAAUGACAACACCUAUGCCACAUGGUAGGAUGCAAUACAACAGCCCUGCAGCUAAUAAACAGUAGCUCUGUGAAGAUUAUAAUGUUUAGUUUGUGUUCACACUGUGAUUCAACUCUACUGUGAUUUUAGGAGGUUGUAGUUUCUAUUAGACUGUACUAUAUUGUGUCCAGCUUUGUGAUUAUUUUGCUGAACACAGCAAUUUCAAAAUAAACUGCAGAUUUUUCAUUAUUUCAAAUUUUACCACAGGUUGCUAAAAUGACAGCGGCCUGAAUUCAAUUCACAUGGUUGACAGACUCGUAAUAAAUGACCCAGCAGUUUCCUCUGGCCCAAAUCUGGAGCCGAACAGAGCUGAUUGUUAAAGGAAAUGUCAGAUAACAUACUUGGCUCUUAUUUUCAUAGUUGUGUCCAUCAUUUUUAUCAGUAAUAAAAACAUUGUUCCCCAAAAAAGUUAAUAUCUGAGAUGUGGUAACACAGUGACAACACUAAAAAGUAGUCAUAUGGGUCAAGAAACACGAGGAGUCAAACAGUCAGACAGACUGGAGAGAAACUACAGACAAAACUAUCUAAAAAAGAUGUUGUAGUUGUAUGAUCCCAAAACUCAAUUUGGCCCAAGUUAGCGUCCCCAAAAUCAAACCAAAGCUGGCAGCCAUUAAUGGGCCAGAGCUGACUCGAUAUUGGUCCUCUAGUGCCAGAACUCAGCCGAGUGGGCCAACACUCGAACUAUUUCCUUUUUUUACUGUGAAAAUGAAUCUUACAGGUGUUUGACUGCCGGACUCUGUACCUCCAAGGCCUCCAAUCGCCCACUGUAACUCUACUGUCUUCAACAUUAAUAAUUUAAAUCUAAAUAUGUGAUAUAAGUGUUGCUUUCUAAUAUAUACUACAUUCAGUAAAGUUUAAGACCAUUCAAACAACAGCUGUGACUUUUCAGUUCGUGACCAUUGAUCGUCUUUGCAUUUUUUCUUUUUUUGGGUCUGGAAACAUGCAGUGUUUAGUGCUUGGUUCUUUCUCUUUCUAUUUAAUUUAGUAUGUUCUUUCUUUUUUGGUAACCACUUUCUGGAAACGGAGGUAAUACGAUGUGCAUUUUUAACAUUUGACCUCAGACUGGACUCCUGUGCUCCCUGUGGACAUUGUUGUAUUGUGAUUUGAUUAUAUCGAUCUAAUCUAAUUGUGUUGUUGAGUUCAUUCUUGACCUUGGAAACAGCAGUUGACAAAAAAAUCUCACCUCAAAGUCUAUUUAGUAGCUGUUCUGGAGCUUUCAGUCAUAUCACACAGUCUUCAUCAGCAGAUGGAGUUUGCUCAGUUGUCGGUAUUGAUGGAAUUACAAAUGUUCUAAUUUCCAUUUUGUUUAGCGCUUUUUUCUCUCGUUCAUGUUGGCUGAAAAAUGAUGAACAGCUACUAAAUAGAUUUUGGGGUGAGAUUGUUUUUUGUCCUGUGCUUCAGUUUUUAUCUGAGCUGCACUAAGACAAAUGAUUUUAUCACGGCAGUUAACCUUUAUCGACUGACAUAGCAAUAAGGUGUGAUUGUGGAGAUGAAAACCAACCACUACUUUGUUUUUGUUCCACCAAAUGUCCGUAAGAUAGUUGGGCAUUAUUACUUUGAAAGAGUCUUACAAAUCAAUCUGUCUUGACUUGAUGUUGUUGUG